GCUAGUGAGAUCACCUGCCAAUGUUUAGUAGUAGAUGACAAAGAGUAUAAAGUGCGGCCUGUCUUGCAAAAUACCAGUAGCCCUGCAGCACUUUGUCAGCUGUGUGAAGAUGAUGAGAUCAUUGCUAUCAACGGCACUAGAGUUUCACGUAUGGACUACAGUCAGUGGGAAGAAGCCAUCAGCAGAGCACUAGAAACUGGAACCCUGGUCAUGGAUGUCAGGCGAUAUGGAAAGAAUGACUGGGGCAAAGACCAGCCUUCCCUGCCACAUGUAAGGCAUAAAGUCCUCAAUCUCACCAGUAUGGCUACCAACAUUAUAGGUACAUCUGAAAAUAAGUGGAUUGAUGCAACUUCUGGAGAACACGUUUCAAAUGUUUCCACCAUAUCAACAAAAAGAGAUUUCUCCAGCAGCCUUCCAAGUUCUAAUACAGAAACAAAGUUGAUAAAUGGAAUGCAAGGAGAUCUUGGCUCUAACGAACAAAGAGCAUCUGAACCUAUUUCUUUGAAAAACUUAAAAAGACGGUCACAAUUUUUUGAACAAGGAGGCCCAGAGCCUGCAAUGCCUGAUCUCCCAGUCCCAUCCAUUAGCGCUCCUAGUCGUCGGGUUUGGGAUCAAGAAGAAGAACGAAAACGACAGGAAAAAUGGCAAAAAGAGCAGGACCGUUUAUUGCAGGAAAAGUACAAACGGGAACAAGAAAAACUGAGAGAAGAAUGGCUACGAGCUAAGCAAGAAGCAGAAAAAGAGAGCUCCAAGUAUUUUGAUGAGGAGCAGACUGUUCUAACCUUAAACACAAUGUCUGUCCCUGCACGGGCUCCAUCUGUGUCCAGCUGGAGGGCAAGCCCUGAAGGGAAUACUGCUGAGGAGCCAGAAGGAGACGGAGAAAGCGAGCCAGCGGCGCGCUUGCUGGGUGAGGAAGAAGAAAGGAGGAAGCUUCAGGAGGAACGGAGGAUCCAGGAAGAGGCAGCUCUGCGUUUUGAGCAAGAAAGGGAACUCCAAGAGCUGGAGCUUGAGAGACAACGUAAAGAGAGGGAACAGCGAUACGCUGAGGAGCAGGUGCGGCGGGCAGAGAUGGAGGAGCAGAGGCAGCAGGCUGAAAGGCAGAGGGAGGCGUCAGCGGAGAUGCCUCGGUACCAAAGACAUUAUGAGGGCUAUGAAGUAUCUAAAACAAUAGAGGAUAGAGCUGGCCAGCCUCUCAUUGACAGACACUAUGAGCGUUAUGAAGUUUCUAAAACCAUCGAGAAUCAACCUGGUCAGUCACUUGCUGACAGGAAUAAGUCCAAGUCAACUUCAGAACUGAAUGAAUUCAACACAAUCAGAAAUGGUACCCAGAGCAAGCAUUCAGAGAGAUCCUGGAACACAGGUGACUCGCAGAAGAAGUCUCAGAAGGAGCACAGCCUGUCUGCGGCAGAGUUGGAAAGACAGCAAAUCCUUCAGGAAAUGAGAAAGAAAACAUCUCUGCACACGGACAGCAGCUGGAUUAGGCAACGCAGUUCCAGUAUACAUAAGGAGCCUGUUAGUCUGUACAGCAAUAGUAUGAGGAGGGGGGAGUCUUUGGACAAUCUUGAUUCUUCAAGAACGAGCUCAUGGAGGCACCACUCGUGGCUGAACCAGACUGCCUCCUCUUCAUCUUUGUCCUCUAGUCAAGACUUCAGUCGCCCAGUGUCCACUUCAAACCGAGCAUACAUGUGCACUCCCUCCUCUAGCAAAGCACCUCCUGUGGCCACCUCUGCGAGAGCCCCCUCCGUGUCCCAGGCAGCCUCCCGGGCUCAGUCUCCCCUCUCUGCUUCCCAGCCAGGUUCCCAGACACGCAGCAGGUCAGUCAGUGGGAAGAAAAUCUGUUCAUACUGUAAUAACGUUCUGGGCAAAGGAGCAGCCAUGAUCAUUGAGUCUCUUGGUCUUUGUUAUCAUUUACAUUGCUUUAAGUGCGUUGCCUGUGGAUGCGACCUUGGAGGAUCCCGCUCAGGAGCUGAAGUUAGGAUCCGAAACAACAAACUCUUCUGCAACGACUGCUAUAUCAGAUUUAAAAGUACAAGUUCAGGAGGAAUUGAUUUACUUACAGAUCUUAAUUAA